GGAGUCUUGUGCGGUAACAACGGGUGACAGGUCGAGUGUAGUGCGAAUAACGGAAUAAAGAGCGGCAUCGGUCGAGACAUGAGGCGGAGACAACGUGGAGGUAGAGGGGCGGCACCGGAGAAGCAGGUGAAUAAAGAUGUGUGGUGAUCAGCUUUGACUUCAAAUGGAGAGUUAAUUGCCAGGAUUUCAGCAGAUGUUAACAGUGCCAUCUGAUUAGAAUUCAGGUGCUCUCAUUUACAUGGGACUGUAGGCAGUUCUGGGCAUGUACUGUGAUUAUCUGACAUGGGGAGAAACCAGAUUCCACUUUCAUCAUCUGUGCGAGGAAUUUCUCAUGAAUCUGUUAACAGGAUCUUGCUGUGAGACAUGGAUCGAUGUAAACACGUGGGACGCUUACGCUUAUCCCAGGACCACUCAAUAUUAAAUCCACAGAAAUGGCGCUGUGUAGACUGUGAUACAAGAGAGUCCAUAUGGGCCUGUCUCAAGUGUUCCCAUGUGGCCUGUGGACGCUACAUUGAAGAGCAUGCAUUGCGCCAUUUCCAAGAGAGCAGACAUCCUUUGGUUAUGGAGGUGCAUGAGCUUUAUGUCUUCUGCUAUUUGUGCCAGGAUUAUGUAUUAAAUGAUAACCCAGAGGGUGACCUAAAGCUACUGAGAAGUGCGCUGUGUGCUGUGCGGAGUCAAAAGCAGGAAACAUCUGGCCGCAGAAGUUUGCGUUCACAAACCACAGCUUUUGAGGGGGCUGGUGGCCUUAAGUCACAAGGGCAACCAAUGAUGUUCACUGCAUUGCGAUAUCGACGCCAUACACUGCUAGCAAAAGCACUCAGGCAUUGGUUUGAAAAGAGUUCACGGGGCCAACUUAAAUUGGAGGAAAAGAGACAGAAAGCUGAACUGGAGAGAAAGAAAGAAGAAGCUAGGUUAAAGCGUCAAGAAGUGAAACGACGUCUUCUUGAAGAGCUAGCAAACACCCCUCCAAGGAAAAGUGCCCGUCUGUUGUCGUAUACACACAGGGACAGCCUUAUUCCCCGCAAAUUCAGGGACAUGACAACCAGCAGCCCAGCUUCAAGAAAAGAGGCUCAAAGGCGCUUUAAUCAGCUAUACUCUAUACGGCCCAAUGUGACCCCGGGAGUUACAGGACUUCGCAACCUUGGAAACACCUGCUAUAUGAACUCCAUACUACAAGUACUGAGUCACCUGCAGAAGUUUAGGGAAUGCUUCCUUACAUUGGACCCCAGUGAGAAAGAGGAACUUCUGGGAAAAGGCACCAAUGGCAAGCACAGCAUGGGUGAUAGUGGGUCACAGUGCCUAUCUGGGGGCCUAAAGUUGAACGGGGAGUCAUCACUUAAGAAGAACUUGGAGCUAAUUCAAGCCAAGGAACCCAGCACCAAGCAGCUUUCCCUUUGUCAUGAACUGCACACCCUCUUUCGAGUUAUGUGGUCAGGGAAAUGGGCGCUGGUUUCGCCCUUUGCCAUGCUGCACUCUGUGUGGAACCUAAUUCCAGCCUUUAGGGGAUAUGACCAGCAGGAUGCCCAGGAGUUCUUGUGUGAGCUUCUUGAUAAGAUACAACAGGAACUGGAAUCUGAGGGCAGCAAACACAGAAUACUUAUCCCCAUUUCCCAGAGAAAGCUCACCAAACAGGUGUUAAAGGUAGUUAACACAAUAUUCCAUGGACAACUGCUCAGUCAGGUUACAUGUUUGACAUGCAGUUAUAAGUCUGACACAGUGGAACCUUUCUGGGAUUUGUCACUGGAAUUCCCUGAGCGUUAUCACUGCCUAGAAAAGGGGAUUGCUCCAGUCACUACUACUGAGUGCACUGUUACCGAAAUGUUAUCCAAGUUUACAGAAACCGAGGCCUUGGAAGGAAGAAUUUAUGCGUGUGACCAGUGUAAUAGUCGGAGACGAAAGUCAUCCCCAAAGCCCCUUGUGCUUAGCGAGGCCAAGAAGCAGCUUAUGAUAUUCAGACUACCUCAGGUUCUGCGGCUGCAUCUUAAGCGCUUCAGGUGGUCUGGCCGUAAUCACCGUGAGAAAAUUGGAGUUCAUGUGUUUUUUGACCAAGUGCUAAACAUGGAGCCAUACUGUAGAGGUCCACUAUCUCCCACAGAUCCUGGGACCUAUCUUUAUGACCUUUCUGCAGUGGUGAUGCAUCAUGGUAAAGGAUUUGGUUCUGGCCACUACACAGCAUAUUGCUACAACACAGAGGGUGGGUUCUGGGUUCAUUGCAAUGACUCCAAACUGAAUAUGUGCUCUGUUGAGGAGGUGUGCAGGACGCAAGCAUACAUCCUUUUCUACACCCAGAGGAGUAAGCCACUGAGUGGAAUACAAAGCAGCAACAAGCCGAGUGAUGCAGGGAUUCCUGAUCUCCUAUUCUCACCUCAGGCUCCGUCCAGUACAGAGGAAAGCAACAGGCAGAUAAUCAUACCCUGACACCACUAGCAAAAUUACUGGCUUUUUUCCUUUCUUUUUUGGGGGGUGUUUUUAAAUAUGUAGACUGGUUCUUAGCUGUGUUUUUUUUAUCAUCUUGUAAAAGUAGCACCAGAAGACUUACAGUGUGACCAGUAGGUCCUCCUGAUGGAACUUGGCAUAUGGCUCCCAUGUGUGUCUGCAUGGCAGGGAAAUGGCACCAUCCUUCAAACUGUCUUUAGCGCAGAGUUCUGAAGAUCUCGGGUUGUUUGUAUUGUUAAAACUUGUUUUGUUUUUUUUAAAUCCCUAGAAUGUACAGGAUAUAGAAUGGAGCCUCUCUAGCUUUUAUCAAUGUGAGGGGGUGUUGUGCUAGACUUUUAAUUAAAUUAUUAGCAUCUUUAUUGAUUAUGCGGAGUAGCAUUCAAUGCCUGUGACAAGUGUCUGCUUCAAAACAGAUGCUGGUCUUUUUAAAA